AUGCAGGGGACAAGGUCCCAGUCAGUCUCCGGACUUCGGUCCGAUGCAGGGGGAAAGGCCCCAGUUAGCCCGGACUUCGGUCCGAUGCAGGGGACAAGGUCCCAGUCAGUCUCCGGACUUCGGUCCGAUGCAGGGGGCAAGGCCCCAGUUAGCCCGGACUUCGGUCCGAUGCAGGGGAUAAGGUCCCAGUCAGUCUCCGGACUUCGGUCCGAUGCAGGGGACAAGGCCCUAGUUAGUCCGGACUUCGGUCCGAUGCAGGGGACAAGGUCCCAGUCAGUUUCCGGACUUCGGUCCGAUGUAGGGGCAAGGCCCCAGUUAGUCCGGACAUUGGUCCGAUGUAGUGGGCAAGGCCCAGUAUGUGCUUUAUAUGUUUUUGUAUGGUAUGUGUUAGAUUGGGGGAGCUCACUAAGCUUCGUGCUUACGGUUUUCAGUUUUGGUUUCAGGUACCCAGUUUUCAAAAGAGGAGCUCGGGGAGAUUGCAGUGCACACACCGUAGUCAGUUAG